AAACCACUCCAGUUACAUUUUACACUCUCCCGAAGCUCUUCCCACCAAAAACAAUGGCGGCGAUUUCUGGUAACUGUGCACUUGGAUCGGACAAAAUGGCUCUCUCGGCUUCGUCUUCGUCUUUCUCAGGAAGGAUUCACCCCAAAUACUCGCGAUUCUUCGCCGCCUCGGUCUCUCCUCCCCCGACUUUUCCGGUUCUCCGUAGAACUAUCUCGUGCCAGGCCUCUUCUGUCACGUCAGCUCAAUCUUUGGUCAAUGGACAAGCAAAAACAGAGCUGAAGGAUUUUUUGCACAUUAGUGAUUUUGACAAAGACACCAUAUUGAAGAUUUUAGACCGGGCUGCUGAGGUCAAGGCACUGCUUAAAUCAGGAGACAGGACAUUUCUGCCAUUUAAAGGGAAGACAAUGUCAAUGAUCUUUGCCAAGCCAUCCAUGAGAACAAGGGUAUCGUUUGAGGCUGGGUUUUCAUUGUUGGGAGGUCAUGCUAUAUAUUUAGGACCAGAUGAUAUCCAGAUGGGCAAGCGAGAGGAGACACGUGAUGUUGCUCGUGUUUUGUGUCGCUACAAUGACAUUAUUAUGGCUCGUGUCUUUGCUCAUCAGGACAUUCUUGAUCUGGCUAAAUAUGCUACUGUACCUGUCAUCAAUGGCCUGACAGACUACAACCAUCCUUGCCAAAUAAUGGCUGAUGCCCUCACCAUUAUUGAACACAUUGGUCAUUUGGAAGGAACCAAGGUUGUCUAUGUUGGAGAUGGAAACAAUAUUGUGCAUUCUUGGUUGUUGUUGGCAUCGGUUAUUCCUUUCCACUUUGUUUGUGCUUGCCCAAAAGGUUUUGAACCAGAUAGACAAACAAUUGAGAAGGCUCAGCAUGCCGGAAUUAGCAAGAUUGAGAUUACAAAUGAUCCAAAAGAAGCUGUCCAAGGUGCUGAUGUUGUGUACUCUGAUGUGUGGGCCAGCAUGGGGCAAAAGGAAGAGGCUGCAUAUCGUCGCCAAGUUUUUCAAGGAUUUCAGGUGGAUGAAGCUCUCAUGAAGUUAGCAGGCCCAAAAGCUUAUUUCAUGCAUUGCUUGCCUGCUGAAAGGGGAGUAGAGGUGACUGAUGGUGUUAUUGAAGCUCCAAAUUCCGUUGUCUUCCCACAAGCUGAGAAUCGGAUGCAUGCACAGAAUGCAAUAAUGCUUCACGUACUUGGCUUGUAAUUGUGCCAAUCCGCUUCAUGUUCAUGACUAGUGUCUACUUUUUGAAGGCUUCUGAAAUUGCAACCAUUUCAAACCCUUUAAAUUUACAGCUUCAUAUUUCAGUAGAGCAGGUGUAAAAAUGGGUUGAGCUUGUGUUUUACCGUAUAUUUCCUUAAUUGAGUUUUGAAGUAGGUACUGUGGUUUAAAUCGAAUUAGUACUCGUAUUCAUGUUA